AUGAGUGGAAAUAAGAAGAUGGAUGCUUUGAUUAGCAUGAAAGCUGAAAUCUAGGCAUAAAAGGAAGGGCAAGAAAAAAUAUAAAAAUUAUGUUUUGAAAACAUCAACAUUGGAUAAUUUACAAAUGAAACAUUAAAAUUAUUGUCAAAAUAUAAUGAUUUAAUAUGUUUGGAAUUUAAUGAUUGCAAAUUGUCAUCUUUGGAUAAUUUGAUAGGAUUCCCAAAUCUAACAAAAUUACGAUUAUGCAAUAAUUAUUUGGAUAAGAAUAGUCUCCAACAUAUUAUUUAGCAUUUUCCAAAAGUGACACACUUAGACAUAAGUGGAAACAAAAAAAUAAGCGAAGAUGAUCUUAAAGUUUUGGUUGACUUAAAAGAAUUAUAGCAUUUAGUGUUUAAUGACAAAGAUACAAAUAGAGCACUCUUGUUUGAAUAGAUUCCAUAGUUGAGUUACAUUGAUCAUAAGGACAAGGCUGGAAAUGAGAUUGAGGAUGAGGAAAACGAAGAUGAAGAAGAUGAGGAUGAAGAGGAUGAAGAUGAGGAAGAUGAAGAGGAAGAAGAUGAUGAAGAUGAUGAAGAUGAAGAUGGAGAAAGUGCUGAAGAAGCAGAGGAAUCUGAAGUUGAAUAGGCAGUUUAGAAAAAGAAAAAAAUAUGA